AAAAAGACAAUAAUAUUUACGUUUUACAAUGUGUUUUUUUUUUUCCUAAAGAUCUGAUCUUGGAUAUUGUAAAGUAGUAGUAUUAUAUAAAUAGCAAUACAUUAUUAUCACGCUAAACAGAACACAGGAAGGGAGUCAACUGAGAAAUUUCAUGGCCAUUAGAAUGGGUGAGGGUGAGCUCCAUGUUUUCUUCUUUCCCUUCAUGGCUCAAGGCCACAUGAUUCCUAUUCUAGACAUGGCUAAGCUCUUCGCUUCACGUGGCGUCAAGGCCACCAUAAUCACCACCCCUUUAAACCAACCCGUUUUCUCCAAAGCCGUGGAAAAGUACGCGCAGUUGGGGUUCCAAAUCCAGAUCCGUUUGCUGCAAUUCCCCGGCGUCGAUGUUGGCUUGCCGGAAAGUUGCCAGCGUCUUGAUCAAAUCCCCUCCGAUGACGGACUCCCCAGAUUCUUUAACGCCUGCGAGAUGCUCCAAGAGCCGCUUGAGCAAAUCUUACGAGAGCUCCGUCCCGAUUGCCUCGUCGCCGAUAUAUUUUUCCCCUGGGCUACAGAGGCGGCGGCCAAGUUUGAUAUCCCAAGAUUGAUCUUUCACGGGUGCAGCUACUUGGCCAUGUGUGCCACGGAUAGCCUUGAAACUCACAAGCCUUUCAACGAUGUUUCAUCUGAUUCUCAACUUUUUACGAUUCCCAAUCUUCCUCACGAGCUCAAACUCACCAGAUUGCAAGUUUCUCCUUUCGAACGCAGCAAAGUUGAAACUCCCUUCACAGAUAUCUUGAAACGCAUUAGUGAAUCAGAGGAAACAAGCUAUGGUGAAAUAUUCAACAGUUUCUAUGAGCUGGAACCGGAUUAUGCUGAGCAGUACAAGAAUGUUCUGGGGAGAAGAGCAUGGUCAGUUGGGCCCCUUUCCCUUUACAACAGAGACGUAGAAGAUAAAGCUCAAAGAGGGAAGAAAUCGUCAAUCGACGAGCUAAAAUGCCUGGAAUGGCUGGAUUCCAAGAACCCCCAUUCCGUGGUUUAUAUCUGUUUCGGAAGCGUGGCAAAUUUCGCUCCGUCUCAACUCCAGGAAUUGGCACUAGGGAUCGAGGAUUCAGGGCUGGACUUCGUGUGGGUGAUCAGGAACAAGAGCGAAGAAGACAACGGAUCAGAGAAAUGGAUGCCGGGAGGAUUUGAGGAGAGAACGAAAGGGAAAGGAUUGAUCAUAAGAGGCUGGGCUCCCCAAGUUCUGAUUCUUGACCACCCAGCCAUAGGGGCAUUCGUGACCCAUUGCGGAUGGAACUCGAUCCAGGAAGGAGUGUGUGCAGGGGUGCCUAUGGUGACAUGGCCACUAUUCGCGGAGCAGUUCGUGAAUGAAAAACUUAUGACUGACAUUUUGCAGACUGGAAUUGGAGUUGGGUCGAAAGAGUGGAAGUUAUCAGACAACGAUGGUGUGAAGAGAGAAGCCAUUGCAGAGGCAAUCAAGAAGGUGAUGAUUAGUGAAGAAUCGGAGGCGAUGAGGAACAGAGCAAAGACAAUGAAAGACAAGGCAAGGAAGGCAAUCGAGGAAGGAGGAUCGUCUUACUUAGAUUUCAACUCUUUGUUGGAUGAACUCAGAGCUUACCCUGCAAAACACUAACCUUAAAACAACUACUGUGGUAGAAAUUGGAAACUGUUAGUUUGUUUUUAAGUCAAAAUUUUUACAGAA